AUGUUGCUGUCGUGCGGGCAGAAAGAAGUCAUCUCCAAUCCCUCAAUUGAUCAUAAAGUGUCUUCGAAGUCUAGCACGCAUGGCCAAGUCCGCAAGAGAGAACAAGAGAGCGAAUGCCGCUGGCUCCUGCAAAUGAGGAGGAACAGGCGUUCCUUUACGCGGCCUUCCGCCGCGGCUUGGGGCGGCCGCGUUCUUCAGAUGGGACAUCGCCAGGAACAAGCGAAGACGAGAAGACGCGAGGUCGUCUUGACCGAUGCGAACCAGCUUCAGAACGACGGCGGGGAGGGGCCCUCGCCAUGGUUCUUGUUCAAUGCUGGAGCUCGACAUAGCUCGACAAGCGUGGAGUUG